AUGAACAUCAAGCUCAUCAUUUUAACGAUCUCCUUCUGGAAUCUUUUGAAUUGUUCUCUGCACCAAAUUGAGACGCCGCCGUUUCCAGUAUUCGGCCCUUGCCAGCGUCGAUGCGUCAAGCAGUUUGGUGAGCUCGUUCAAAAAACUACUAACAUUGAUACAAUCUACACUCAAGUUAACGUCUUCAAUCGAACUGAUUUCUCAUUGUGCAAACUUGGAUGCAACUCGCCAGGUUACAACGAUCUUCAUCUUCCUGCAUUCCGAUACGGCCAGUCGGCGUAUCAGGAUAUCCUGUCAAAAUCAUCAGGCACCCCUUUGCGUGUGAAUGUUGUUCGAGAUGUUCACAUUUUGUGCCUCGACACAAUCAAGAGCGCGAAUACGACGUCUCAUCGGAAUAUGACGGGAAGCGUUUUACUCCAGAUGGAUCCUUCGAUUGACAGUUUCAAUCUCGUGCAUUUCGUUGAAAUUGUGGCUCGCAAUUCCGACGAUGUCACUGACGACAACAUCUUGUUUCAAGACUGGUGCUACGCAAAUAACUGCAAUGUCACUUUCGCAAUAUCCCGGGAAAUGGAGAAUCUCCAAAUUCGCGUCCGACUAUCGACUUUUGAUGAUUAUGGACCGCUGGGAGGAGUUGUACUUUCAAAGUGGUAUAUUUUGAAUGACAUUAUUGCUCAAGCUUCAAUGGAAUUUAAACUUGUGGACUUGAAAUGGAGAGAUGAUAAAGCGGCUGCAAAGCUCGCUCUUGAUCACGGCAAUCAAGCUGUUUCAAUUCCGAAGUGUACCAUGCAAAUUUACUACAAAACUGCGCUCUCGUCUGAAUUCAAAAUCGUUCCAUUCAAACUUGAUUUCACCCAAAAAGUCCUUCUCAAACGACUGGAGUUUGGUCAAAACUACCAAGUUCAAUUGAAGCCGUCGGAUUCGGAUGAAUUGAUUGGAUCGUCGAGUUUUGAUGUUCCCGAAUGUCGUCAGAUGGUCGACGACAUGAGCAUGUGUGCCCCGCCACCGGUCACUGAAUUCUCAUCUUCGUGGAAUUCAACCGUCGGAAAUGGAUAUGCGCUUUCGUUCAAAUGGGCCUACUUGACAGAUGCUGGAAAUUCGACGCACAUCACAAUGUCCCAUUUUAUGCUGCUGCUCAACCCCUUGAUUACUCCGCGAAACGAAAAGUGCCAGAAAUUGGAGCCCAUUCGACGAGAUAUUACAUGGACCCAUCGCAAAGUGAUGUUUUUCGUGCCCGAUGCGGAAUGCAACUAUGAAGCUGAAAUAUUUGCAAUUGAUGCAAAACAAAGAAGAAGUGAAGGCAUCAAAAUCAAGAUAUCUCGAAUCAACGAACCAUCUUACAUGUCGCUACUUUUAUCCAACGAAAUUCCACUCUCCAUUUUCUUUGUGAUUUUCGUAAUUUUCAUACUUUGUAUGAUUAUUAUCACGAUUCUUGUCUACCUGAAUCGAAAGAAAGUUGUGAAGAAAAAUGUCGAGGAGUUGAAUUACGAUUCAAAUUCGAGCAGAUUGGUCUAUGCGUUUGUCGAUGCUAACAACACUUCAAGAACUGUGAUCGGUGUUCGUCCGUUGUCGUCAAUGUUUAACUCAGAGAACAUGGUUCCUCGCUUAUACGCUUACAAUGUUCAUGACAAGGUUCAACGCUGCUUCCCUCCUCAUCAUAGUGAUAUGCAUGCGUACUACCCGUAUGUUCAAAACAGCACUACUCCGAUAUCCAUUCUGAAUGGUCCAAUGGCUACCUCAACCCCUAUUCGUGACGAAGAUCACCCAUAUGAGACGAUAACCGACUUCUGCAAUGAAUCGGAUAUUAGUGAUGACGUCUUUGAGUUUCCGGAAGAAUCAUCGUCUCCUCUUUCAAUGAAUGACUCGUUCAAAGCAAUUGCUCAAUCUGCAAACAUUCCGAUGCCACCAUUUUCUCUUGCUGAAGCGCAUCCUCAAAUGAAAGCUGUUCUUGUACAUGAGCUCUCGAUAACUAAAGGUUUGGAGCAAGACGUGGAUCCAAAAUGGAAACUUGUGAAUGUCGUUGACAUUAUACGUGGAGGAUCAUUUUCAAUGAAAUUUGGCAGGAAUUAUAGCGCUGAGGUGAAACAAGCAAUGAAGCGAGAGCUCGAGAUUAUAAAAGAUUUGCCGCCGCAUUUGAAUUGUGUGAGAUUUGAUGGAUUGGCUAUCACACGAUGGGAUAAGAAUCCAUUCCAAGUCGUUGGAUUGCUCUUCGAGAAUUGCCGUGGCGGCACUCUCCGGCGCUACAUUCAUGCUGUUGGAACAGUAUUGCGUCGCAAAGCGAUCACCUCGCCAAAUGGUAAUCUGACUGAUUUGCGCUCUGAGGAAACACCAUCUCCACCUUCAUCUGGCUAUGACAGCAUGAAGCGUGAUGCAACAGCAACCCCAGACGUCAGUUUCGAACGCUCGAUGGUCUCAACGGCACUGCGAUUCUGUCAAUUCUCCGAGCAGAUUUCGGCGGCGUUGGAACACCUUCAUCGGGCUGGAAUUGUUCACACUCACGUCACUACCAGCUGCAUAUAUUUGUUCCGCGAUUAUGAUGAUCCAUUGGAUGUUCUUUGUGAUCAAAUGGUGAAACUCGGAGAUUUCGGAAACGCUGCAACAUGUGCCGAUGAAGUUGUUGUCGAUCACAAUCUUCAACCACCAGAGGUUGCGAUGGGCAAGAGAUACGAAGCGAAAGGCGAUAUUUGGCAGCUGGGAACUUGUUUAGUUGAAAUCGCUAGUCUUGGACACACAUACCAACUUCAAAAGGAGAUUCCAUUGUCUGGAGUUGACGAAUAUGACAAAAAUGCACCGAUCAUGGUCAUUCAUGAAGCAGCCAGAAAAUGUUUGAAUUCUCGAAACCGCCCAAGUGCAUCGGACCUUCGUGGUGUGUUCCAAACCGAUUCGACUCGUAACAUGGUCAACCUCGAGCAGAUUAAUCAGUCCUUGCUCGUUUGA